AUGCCGAAGAAAGGAGGGAAAAAGCAUAACAAAAACAAGAAUAAGGGAGCCGGCGGAGCAAAAGUCCCGGAUGUCAAGAACGUCAUAAGCCCCGGUCAUAAAGAAGAGGAUAAGCUCCUAUGCGGCGAAGGAAGCGCGGCUGAAGCGACAGCCGCCGAAGAGGUCACACCAGCAACGGCAACCGGAUCUGCCGAAACUGCGCCAGUAGUCGAAACAGCUCCGAAGACAGAAGAAGUUGUGUCGCAAGAUACCACCGAGACACCAUCGGCUGCGGCAGUGCCGGAGGAGGAAGCUAAGCAACUACCAGCGCGCGAACAGGGUGUUGUUUCAACCGACAAGACCAAACGACGCGGCGACGAGCGAACAGAGGCACUGGCUGCUGCUGCGCCGACCGACUCGAAGAAACAGGUUGAAAAGGAAGUAGCAAAGGAAACCAAGAUCGCCGAACCCGUACCCGAACGUCCCGUUACAUCAGAACGAGCAGAUUUGGUGGCGGAUACACAUGGCAAGGAAGAGCCUGCCGCUCCUGCGGCAACUGGUGUUUCAGAGGCUAUACCGGACGUUCCCAAGGAUCGGGCUCCGGGAGAGACUGCUGGCGUUGUCACUGCUGGAGUAGCUGGGACGGCAUUGGGGAGAAAGACUGAAGAGGACCGAGCACAACCAGCUGGCUUGGAAAAGAAAGAGACUCCAAAGGAUGCACCAGCGAAGCUUCCCGCAGAAAGACUACCAGACAGUGUCGAGGUUGCUACGGCUGCUCCUCCCGUCGCACCUCACAUUAAGCGCGCCCACGAGGUGCCAGCGUUUGUCACCCAAGAGCGAGACCAACCGUCGAAGAAACCGCGCGUCAAUGAGCCGACCGAAGCUCAGCCAAACUUGGCAAUUCCCGGCCGUUUCCCAUCACCUUCAGUGGCUGGGUCGACGGCAUCUGGAACAGACAGCGCCGUUGCAGACGCACAAAAUAUCAGCAAAGGAGAAACGGUUGCAGAAAAGCCUGAAACAGUCGGCACUGUAACUGCUGGUACAAGCAUUCAGCCAACCGGUCCAAAAGGCCCGACAGAGGCAGCCAUCGCCGCACCGGCAGCUAAACCUGGAGCAAAGACAGUCGACGAAACAAGCACGGCCGCUGCUGUAUCUGCUGAGCCGCCCGCCGGAGAAAUUUCAGCGCAGAAAGAGCCUGUUCUACCGGCCACUUCUCAAAAAGUAGAUACCACGGCUAAACCGGCCAAUCAAGCUGCUGCUGCUGUCGAGACACGGCCAACAGCGGAGCAGCAGCAGAAACAACAAGUUGCUGCUACAAAGGCCGCUGAACCAACACCAGCUCAAAAAGAGGCCAAAAAGGGAGGAUUCUUCACGUGGAUCAAACGCAAAUUCAAAGGAGAAAAGAGCAACACUGCAUAG